AGCAUUAUGGGACUUAAAGGAGCUUUCCAUGUUGAAAUGAAGAGGGCAAGCCAAAAAGACAAAUUGUUUAAUUGCUUGUACCACCCAGUCGAACCAGGAAUGUACACAAUAAACGUGCAAUGGUCUGGUGAACAUGUUAACGGAAGUCCAUUCAAGGUGCUUGUUGCCAAUAGUGAGAUGGAAUUAGUUGACUAUGAAAGCAAGAUAGAAAGGUCGAGGGACUCGUCAUCAAGAAGCUCUGGAAAGCUCUCCCCAUUAAAUACCACUCAUAACAGCAUUAUGUACUGACGUCAUAGCACGUAAUAGCACACGUCAUAACACACGUCAUCCUGCUGCAUCUAAUUUCGAUAAAGGCAACGUAGAAUCGUGUUCAAAUACAACCGCCAAAAUUUCAUAAAUAUGGUGAUGCAACUGGCAAUACUCAACAUGGGUUAAAAUGUGUAUAACCAGUCCUGUUGCAAAAAUACAAAAUAUAAAGUAUACAACACUAUUCAAGUAGAUUAGAAAUAGGAUAGAAAUAACAUACAAGCAUCUCGUGUGAACAAGGGGUAAUUCAUAGCUUACUUAAGUUCAUUUAUCGCUUCAGUAUAUGCUUAACAUAUGAUAUUAAAUAUAAGAGGUACAUGUGGAAUUAGUGAAUGGUCAAGGAGCACAGUCAAUUACAAAUGAAGAGAAGAUUAUCUACAAACAGCAAGAUAGAUUAACAACAGCGCUCUAAAUUCAAAGGAUGUCAUAGCAACAUUUUUUAAUCGUAUAAAUAAUAAGAUUUCUUAAAAGCAGCCAAGCACGGAAAAUAGAAUAUUGAAGACUAGAAUUCAAUCUGAAAACGUGUGAAUGGAAGUCGCUCAAUGUUACCAUUUGAUAUUGUAAUUUAUGAAUGCAACGAAAAACAUAAUUUCUACAUCUUUUUUUCAAAUAUUUAUUACAAGUCUUGAAAAAGACACCAAAUGCUACCUCAUGACUUGAUUGUUUUCAUGAAAUCAACCGGAUGUGCAUGUAUAUAUGUUGCUUUGUUGUUGUUGUUGUUUUUUUUUUGAACGCUUUGCAAGCUUCACAUUAGUAUUUGCACUUAACUAUCGGCCCAUUUUCCUCGUUGGUAUUCACCUAUGUUGUGACAUAAUAUUCAUUAAACUGUAAUAAAUGUAUUUGGUCGUUAAAUUCUAACAUUGAAACUGUGACCCCCGAUAAAGUUUGAUAUAUUGUUAGAUACGUGUAUUUUUUAUCGUUUUUGCCAUUUUCUUAUUUCAUAUUUACCAGCAAUGUAUAUCGAUUUGGUUUCCAACAUGUUCAUGCCUUUAGAAUUCUUGCAACUAUUACAAAUGUAGUUUUGAACGAUAUGUAGUAUUCAAGCUAUCAUGCCAUUUUCAAUGAUUUAGUUAGGUAGUUUCUUUGUUCAUUUUAAAUUUGCAACAAUUUCUUUUGACACUUGUCAUUUUCCAUUGAAACAAAUGGGAAUACAAUUUUUUGAAACCAGUUGCUGAGUGAAUUAGAAAACUUGCGCAAUUUGUUUUCCUUUUUAGUAUGUUCUUGGUUGGGUAAUCGUUUUUGGAGAAUGGUAGCUGUGUAAUUAUAAAUGAGGUGGUUUUGUCAUUAAUUAUUAUAUACAUGUAUCCUUUUGUUCGUGUAUUUUUAUGCUUCUUUGAUAUAAGACUGAUUAAUUAUGUGUUUUUGUAUGUAUGUAUGUUUAUGUAUUUUAAUGUUAAAUUCUUAGCCUACUGACAGCGACCACAACAACCUUUGCAAACAGCAUCGUACCUCAGCGUCUUGUCAGGAACCAAGCUGUCCUAAACUUCAAAAUGAUGCAGACGAAAUUUAAGCAGACGACAUUACCCUCUAGGUAGCAGCGGGCUUAGAAUUAUUACUCUACAAGAUGGUGCUGAUAAUAGUGUGUCUUAUUAUGAUUUGCUGAAUUUAUGUUAUGGUUUAGCCAAGUUUUAAAUUUAGAACAGUCCACUUAAAGUGUAAGGGAUUUCAAUAUCAAAAUACAAAAACUGAGUUACUAAUAGUAUAGAACCUGGUCUGAUUGCUCGGACGUGAUAGUUGGCCUUGCUCUAUACUGGUGGCUAAUGCUGAUCACUUAAAAUAGAUUCAGGCAAGUUAAUAGUUAAUUAUAGUUAUAAAUAUAUAAAGUAAUUGGGUAGUUAUAAUGUUUAUUAGUAUUGUACAUCAAAGAUCUGAGAAGCAAAAUUAUUACAAAAAGACAAGCUCUUCUUUAGAAACAUUUAUUAAAUUAUGUUUACAGUCAUAAAGGAAAACAUUUAUUUUCUCCUUAUGUUUACUUUAAAGCAAUGAUUUCAUGUAUCAUAAAA